UUAUAAAAUGCUAGGAGGAACUGAUAUUUAUAAAGUUGAUACUGGUGAAGCUGAUCCAGCCGUUAAUGUCAGAGUCAUUAGACCUUACAACAAAAGACAGUAUGAUACUCUUCUAAAAGUUGAAGCAACCAAAAGAGUGCUCUGGAAGAAAUGCCUCAAUUUCUGUGACUUAGACCGCAGCGAAGUAAAGUACUUCAACAAAGCAUUUUACACUGAUAAAGAGGAAGAAGGCAAAUGAGCAUUUACUUGUUUCAAUGAUAGAGUUAUCGCACAUCUCGGAGAAGACACAGCCAAAGAGUAUGACCUUCUCUAUAACUGGGAUAAAAUGAGAGCUGAAUAUGACAAACUCAGAGCCAUCAAUCCAAAUACCAAACUCGAACUUAUGUUGGAGAAAACGAAGACUGAAGAAGAGCAACAAAGAAUGUUUGAGAAGCUUGAGAGACAAGGAAAGAUGUUCAAGUCUAAUAGAUUUGAUUUCUACUAA